AUAAAAAUGACUGGCAAAAGAUCAUUUUAUUAUAUGGAUUAUAUUAUUGCUUCAUUAUUUUUUAGCUUCAACUUUUAUUGCUUCACCCUUCUUGCUUCAUUAUUUUUUAUCUUCACCUUUUAUUGCUUCACCUUUCUUUCUUGCUUCAACUUUUAUUGCUUUACCUCUUGCUUCAAGUUUUUUUGCUUCACCUUUUUUGCUUCAUUUUUUUGUUUCACCUUCUUGCUUCAAGUCUUGCUUCGCCUUUCUUGCUUCAAGUUUCUGCUUCACCUUCUUGCUUCAAUUUUCUUUUGCUUUGCCUUUCUUGCUUCAAGUUUUUUGCUUCAUCUUUCUUGCUUCAAGUUUUUCUUGCUUCACCUUUGCUUCAUCUUUUCUGGUUUAAUUUUUUGUUGCUUCAUCUUUCACGGAUAA